UUUGGGCCUCAGGUGCCGUGGGCUCCAGUUCCCGUGUCAUCUCCCGGCGUCCCGGCGCCGAGGCGGCGGUCCUCAAGGCCGGAGCCGCUGCGGGAGCCCCUGCAAUGAAUGAUAGUUCCUGUUGCUCCACAUCUUCACCAGCAUUUGGUGUUGCCAGUGUUCUGGAUUUUGGCCAUUAUAAUAGGUCUUAUAGAUGAUGUUCUCCAAGCUCUAAGGAAGAAGGCAAGCAAGGAUUGAGGGGCCCUAGAGAGGAGCCUUUCUUAAAUAACAACAAUGACAAGAGAAAAUUGGGCCCACAGUGCUCUGAGACAAGAGGGCCUUGUUAAAGGGAAGGAUGAUACCUGGAAGUGGGGAACCAGCUUCCAAGGGAGCAGCUCCUCUGUUUGGGAGACCUCCCACCUGCACUUUAGACAGUUACGUUACCAUGAGACAUCUGGACCCCAGGAGGCACUGAGCCGGCUCCGGGAGCUCUGUCGCCGGUGGCUGAGGCCAGAAGCACGCACCAAGGCACAGAUCCUUGAGCUGCUGGUGUUGGAGCAGUUCCUGAGCAUCCUGCCCGGAGAGAUACGGACCUGGGUGCAGAUCCAUCGCCCCAGGAGUGGUGAGGAGGCAGUGGCCCUGGUAGAGGAGCUGCAGAAAGACCUCGAUGGACCAGCACUAAAAGUUCCAGUCCUUGUCCAGGAUCAGGACACUCUCCAGGAGGGUCUGAGCACUCCAGGAAUAGCACUUCCUCAUGCACCCACUGGCAGCCACAUAUCAGCUGAAAUUCACUCAAAUCCUCUUACUGACCCAGUGGUGUUCAACUUGCUCCAAGAUCCUCAACAUGAUUCUUCUGCCCCUGAAGCUUCUGCCCUUUCCCAGGAAGAGAACCCAAGAAAUCAAUUAAUGGCUCUCAUGCUCCUGACAGCCCAGCCACAGGAAUUGGUGAUGUUUGAGGAGGUAUCAGUAUGCUUCACUUCAGAGGAAUGGGCAUGUCUGGGCCCAAUUCAGAGGGCUUUGUACUGGGAUGUGAUGCUGGAGAAUUAUGGAAAUGUGACUUCCUUAGAGUGGGAGACCAUGACUGAGAAUGAGGAGGUGACAUCAAAGUCAAGCCUAUCUCAAAGAGCAGAUUCUCAGAAAGGAACAUCAAAAAGACUUCAAGGAAGUGUUCCCCAGGUUCUUGACUUUGAGGAAGAGUAUGAAUGGCAAGUUUUAGCAAGUCAGUGGGGAAAUGAAACAAGGGAAAGAGAUACACUGAAGAAAGGUUCCCUGUGUGAACGAGAAAAGAAGAAAAGGACUCCACCAGAAAAACGAGGCCAAAAGUGGAAGGAAUUUGGAGAAAGCUUAACUUCAGAUUCAGCUUUUUCUGAAAGUUUAAUAGGCACUGAAGGAAAGAAGCUUUAUAAAUGUGAUAUAUGUUGUAAACAUUUCAAUAAAAUCUCUCAUCUUAUAAACCAUCGGAGGAUCCAUACUGGGGAGAAACCUCAUAAAUGUAAGGAGUGUGGAAAAGGAUUUAUUCAGCGCUCAAGCCUUCUAAUGCAUUUACGGAACCAUUCUGGGGAGAAACCUUAUAAAUGUAAUGAAUGUGGGAAAGCCUUCUCUCAAAGUGCUUACCUUCUAAACCAUCAGAGAAUCCACACUGGGGAGAAACCGUAUAAAUGUAAGGAGUGUGGAAAGGGCUUCUAUAGGCACUCAGGCCUUAUUAUACAUCUAAGGCGCCAUUCUGGGGAGAGACCUUAUAAAUGUAAUGAGUGUGGCAAAGUUUUCUCUCAAAAUGCUUACCUCAUUGAUCACCAGAGGCUCCACAAAGGAGAAGAACCUUAUAAAUGUAACAAGUGUCAGAAAGCUUUCAUUCUGAAGAAGAGCCUCAUUCUGCACCAGAGAAUCCACUCUGGGGAAAAACCCUAUAAAUGUGACGAAUGUGGAAAAACCUUUGCCCAGACCACUUACCUUGUUGACCAUCAGCGGCUCCACAGCACAGAGAACCCAUAUAAAUGUAAAGAAUGUGGAAAAGUUUUCAUUCGAAGCAAAAGCCUCCUCUUACACCAGAGAGUUCACACAGAAAAGAAGACCUUUGGUUGUAAAAAAUGUGGGAAGAUUUUCACUUCUAAGUCAAGCCUCAUUGACCAUAAGAGGAUGCAUAGCAGAGAGAAGCCUUAUAAAUGUACUGAAUGUGGGAAAGCCUUUACUCAGAGUGCUUACCUUUUUGACCAUCAGAGACUCCACAAUGGGGAGAAGCCCUACGAAUGUAAUGAAUGUGGGAAAGUUUUCAUUCUGAAAAAGAGCCUCAUUUUACAUCAAAGGUUCCACACAGGAGAGAAUCUCUAUGAAUGUAAAGACUGUGGCAAGGUCUUUGGUUCUAACAGAAACCUCAUUGACCAUGAGAGACUCCACAAUGGGGAAAAGCCCUAUGAAUGUCGAGAAUGUGGAAAAACCUUCAUUAUGAGCAAGAGUUUCAUGGUCCAUCAGAAGCUCCAUACACAGGAGAAAGCCUACAAAUGUGAGGAUUGUGGGAAGGCUUUCAGUUACAAUUCAAGCCUGCUCGUACAUCGGAGAAUCCACACUGGGGAAAAGCCCUUUGAAUGCAGUGAGUGUGGUAGAGCUUUCAGCUCUAACAGAAACCUCAUUGAACAUAAGAGAAUCCACAGUGGUGAGAAACCCUAUGAGUGUAAUGAGUGUGGCAAAUGCUUCAUUCUGAAGAAAAGCCUCAUUGGCCAUCAGAGGAUUCACACAAGGGAAAAGUCUUAUAAAUGUAAUGACUGUGGGAAGGUCUUCAGUUACCGCUCAAACCUUAUAGCCCAUCAGAGAAUCCACACUGGUGAGAAGCCCUAUGCAUGUAGUGAGUGUGGGAAGGGCUUUACUUACAACAGAAAUCUUAUUGAACAUCAAAGAAUUCACAGUGGGGAAAAAACCUAUGAAUGUCAUAUAUGUAGAAAAGUCCUUACCUCUAGUAGAAAUCUUAUGGUACAUCAAAGAAUCCAUACUGGAGAGAAACCUUAUAAAUGUAAUGAGUGUGGAAAAGAUUUCAGUCAGAAUAAAAACCUUGUUGUACAUCAGAGAAUGCACACUGGGGAAAAACCAUAUGAGUGUGAGAAGUGUAGAAAAUGUUUUACUUCUAAGAGGAAUUUAGUUGGCCACCAGAGAAUCCACACAGGGGAGAAACCAUAUGGGUGUAAUGAUUGUAGUAAAGUUUUUAGGCAAAGAAAAAACCUUACUGUACAUCAGAAAAUUCAUACAGAUGAAAAAAACUGUGAAUGUGAUGAGUCUGAAAAACAAUUCUCUCAGACUUCAAACCUUCAUCUUCAACAAAAAAUCCAUUCUGUGGAGGAAUUCUCUUGGCUCCAAAAUGCCAAUGAGUCCAAGACAGAGAUUCAGAAAAUCUAGUAUCAUGUGUCAAAUGGAAUAGAAUCCCCGCCUACUUAAGUAACUGUUGGAUAAAUGGCAGCAUAUGGUUUUUAUAAGGAAAAAAAAUCAUGAUCACCCCUUUAUAGACAAGUAUGUUGCAUGAGGAAGAAAGUUAAUCUAGACUACAAAAACAUAAGCCAAAUUCUAGUUAAAUACUCUGUCCCAAACCAUUUGUUAUGAACCUAGAAAAGGACCUUGGAGCGAUCAAAGAUUCUGAAGAAAUUGGGUUAUGUUUUAUAAGAUGUAAUGGUGUCAUUAUAAAUGACAGCAAAAAUAUCUUGGUAUUAAAAAGUGUACAUUUUUGAAAAGGUAUAUAUACAUUGUACAUUUAAAAUAUAGUAUUACUGCUAGAGAAAGUCUCUACAGACAGUAUGAUUAAGACAUAUCAAAGAUGGAGUUGGGUGGGCAAGAGUCUGCUGUUUGAGGACAACUUAAGUACACUGGAUUUGGAAUCAGAAAACCUAGGUUUGGGUCCUGGCUCUUUCUCUUACUAGCUCUGUGAUGUUAUUAAGUCAGCCUCUAAGUCUCAGUUUCUCUUGUCAGUCAAAUAUUGGUAUAAUGCCUACUUCAUAGCGUUGUUGUGAGCAUUCAGUAGAAGGAUCAUGUGAAAGUACUUUAUGAAACAAUUUAGUUGUCAAUAAAGUUGGAUAAAAGAACAUGAUCUAGAACAAAAUCUAGAACAUGGCAUAAUGUAACGUUUGUUCAUUAAGUUAAUAUUAGGACUUAAUGCACCUCAAAAGAUUCAUUUUUAUAGUAAGAGGAAGUAUGGUGGAUAGCUAACUUUGGAAUUUUGUACUUUAAAAAGACCUUUUUAAAACAGCUUUUUAAAUGUCUAAGGGAGAUAAUAUAUUAGUUUGUUUUAAUGGAAAAAAUAUUGGCUUAUUAAAUAGUAUGUCCAGCUAUUAGUAUGAUGCCAAGAAAAACAAUUUAUUUUUCAACCUUUGGAUUUUAAAACUAGUGGACCUAGAGUGUCAAAAUGGAAGGACAGUCCUACGUUGCUUUCCUUGUCGACAGGAAAAAAUCCUUAACCCCACCCCUUGAGCUGAUUAUCCCUGCUCCUGUCAUUCUGAAUUCUAAUCAGCAUUUCAUCAUUACUGACAUACAAAUAGCUUGUUACUUAAGAAACAACAUUCUGUCCCAGCACUCAACUUACUACAUAAGUUUUUUUACACAGAGCCAAGCCCUUCAAAGCUCUGAUUAAACCAAUUCAGAAUCCACCUCUGAGUGGUCAGGCCCAUUUACUCCCAGUGAACCAAUCAUUCAUUCAGUCUGUACCCUUUUCUACAUUUGUAAAUUUAUU